CCGGAAGUAUGAAAAAAAGGGCAGAAGCGACCGCUGAGAACGGAAAUAUGUAUAUGGUUGGCAAUGUUGCUGACUUCCGGGUUUGUCUCUGAUCGCAGUCUGACAUCUCUCGAUCAAUUUGUAAAUAAACAAGGGUGCGACUAGUGACUUCUGGAAAAAGCAAUUGUUUGUUACCAUGAAUCAGAUGCAGUCUGUGAAUGGGAAAAGGCCUGUGCAGGCCACUAGGUUUCGAGAUGAUCGAACUCAAACAGCUCAACAGGAUGAGCUAAUUAGGUUUAUUUACGAAUCUUGGCAUAAAGUUUCUAGGGAAGUGGAGCAGCACAGCCAAAAUGGUGCAGAGAAUGGCAAAGGCGGAGCUUUAGUUUAUUACUAUUGUGAUAAUGAACCAAAUCCUGUACUUAAAGAUUUUCAACCUUUUGACCUCGAAGACUGGUGUAGAAAAAGACUUUUGACAACCAACAGGAAUCAACCAUCAACUUAGGUUCUUUUGGGAUUUGAACAACAUUGCAGGCUUGUCUGCACUAAUUGUCUCUCUUCUUCACUGCCAACAUUUGUUGCAAGCGGUCUUUCUUUUCCUUUCUUAAAAAUUGUAUUUCAUUGUCUACAAUAUUUCAGUUUGCAUUAGUCCACACUGAUUUUCAUAACAUGGAAAAAUUUCAUGGAAUACUAUGCUGAAAUAAUGUAAAAUUUUGCUACCAGUUGUUUAUUGUGUAAUUUUACCAUUGACAUAGGAAGCAGGUAUUUUAAUAGAACCUAUCUGUGACACAGAAGGAGUAAGAAGACAGAACAGAGUUAAUCUUCUGUUCAUUAUUAGCAUGUACCUAUGGCAGUUUUGUUCCCUUAGGUUCAUGAUUAUCCUUCUUUGCAUUGUGGACUGUGGAAAGUUAAAGCUGUCACAAUCUUAAUUCUUGUGUAAGGCUUCUUUGUAAGAAACAAAAGGAUUACCCUUUUUUCUUCUUUUUUUCUCUCUCAAGCUAGUUCUUGAUAGCAGUGUUUUUUUUUUUUUGUUUUUGUACUGACAAACAUGUAGGUUGUGGUUGUGUAUGAGAUGUGGAUCUUUGUGUCGAACUGCUUCGGCUAUGUCUACUGUACACGGUUGUGGUUGGCCUAGGUGGGAUGGGCUAUGAUUUGUUUAACUUGUGUUGCAAACUUCAAAAUACUUUAAAUAACUAAAUGUUUGUCAGUAUUUUCUUUUAACUUUGGGCCUGGGCACCAACUGAAAAUGCCUAAAAGGUUUCCUUGUUUUAUUUUUGACCAUUCCAUUAUUGCUGUUAAAGUUAAGUUUCCUGGAUUGAUUCACUUCAAUUUGUGUACCUAGCAACCUAUGGUGUAUUUUAAGUUAAAGACAUUUUCAAAUUUCAGUUCAUAUUUUGCCAGAAUAAUUUUGUGUUCUUACCUUCAGGGCAUGCAAACUUAAAUCUAAAUUUGAUGUCAAAUUUGAGUUUUUCUGUUUAUAACUUUUUUACGCUAGCCGUUUAUGAGCUAUAGCUGCAAAAAUUUCUCUAAAAGGUUAAGUGUGCGUGCCCUACUGAUCUUCAUACCAAUCAGAAAAAAACCAUCAAACAUUUGUUUCUUUUCUAUCUAUCUGGUGGUGUUAAAUUGUGAGUACAUAGUGUACUCAUCUAUUGAUUUCAUAAUAAUACUGCUUCUGUCCUUUUGAGAAUUUGUGUGGGUACCUAUAUGAUACCAGUUUGCAUUUGAAUAUGAUUUCUCUUUGAUUUCUUUUGUUUAGUAUUUCCUCCAAUUUCAUUCUAUUGGGCUCAUUGUGACUGUUGCCAUGUCUAGCAUUUGUUACAAUUAAGUUGUUUAGUCCCUCAGCAUUACAGAAUUUUGCCUUUUUAUCAGUGUCUUGAUUCUCUAACCACUCAAAAAACUUAUAGUUUCUUAAUUUUGUUUAGUGAUCCAGAUGACGUGGUAAAAUGUGGUACGAAAGUGCUCGAGAAGUGGUGUAUAAAAUGACCUCUAGACAUUGUGAUAUAUCUGUUAACCAUUAUCUUAUUUGUCAGAGUGGUGUAACACAGUUUUCUGCCUUUGCAUAAUUUGUUUUAUGCAAGAUAGCAUACAUCUAUUCCGUAAUCUUGUCUUAUGGAUUCUUUUUCAAGUAAUGCUAUAAUUUCUUGGCUCAGUAUGCUUCAAGAAAUGUAGUGUUUGUUGUUCUUACUUAGACAUGUCUGGAAAAUUUUUAAUUAGACAUUUAUACCUUUAUUGUAAAAGCUAGUUGUUUUUAGAUUCAACUGUACUUUGAUGUAUAUUAUUUGAUAGGUUUCCAAAUUCUUCAAUUACGUAUAUGAAAGAUAAAAAGGUUUUACUAGCCAAUGAUUUUCUAUCAUCACAUUUUCUGCAUUUUAUAGAGAAAUAGUAUGGCUCAUAAUUUUUUAGGUCGACAGAAUACACAUACUACUUUAUGUGCACAAUUGUUGAAGUUGUUCUUGUCUCCAUCUAAAAGAUCUAGUAACAUUCCUCGCUGUUCUCAUCAAAAGAUUGUACCUUCUGAGCUCGCUUAAAUUCUAGGUCUGAAAUAAAUAACUGACCAGCAGUUGAUAA